CCGAGCUCAAACGCCAUGCCUCGGGACGCCCAACCAUCCACUCCGCCAACCCCGAAGGCCGCCUCGUCCUCUACAUCGUCUCCCGGAUCCUCAAACCGAGGAAGCACGGCCACACCAUCAUGCACGGGGAAGACCUCAAGCUCAUCCAUGCGAUCAUGCAUUCGGCCCCAAUCAAUUGGGCAAAGUUUGUCAUGAUCAACAUGACGAUCGCCGCGUCCACCGACCACGAUCACCUCCUCCCGUACCCGUUUUUGGUGAUGGACAUCCUUGAACGGUUCAAGGUAACCACCACCAUUGGCCCGCUCACGAAGGCCACGAAGAUUUGGACAAUCAGAAACCAAACCUUCCUCAAGCGGUCGGAAAACGCCGCGGCUGCCACUGCCGAGCCACGCCGCACUGCCCCUACCGCUGGCCCAGCCGAACCCCAGGCCCGGGCCAACCUUGCCUCCAUCGCCGACUCCCUCAACCGGCUCCACCUCAAAGUUGACGGGAUGGGUGGCUACCUUGAAUGGCUCGACGUGGCUGUUCAACGCCAAGGAUACGCGAUGAACUCGUACUUCCAAGGCAUCAACUACGUCCCCCCACUGCACCACGGCACGUUCUUCGGGCAAGUGUACGGUGAAGAAGACGAAGCCGAUGACUCCUACGCCCCGUCAAGCUCCCCGGAUGAAGACGAGUUCGACGAUGCCAUCGAUGGGGAUGAGAUGGACGUCGACGACGACGAGGAGGAAACCGAAGACGAAGACUAGGACUCCCCUAGAAUUUCUAUCUCUUUUACUUUAAUUAUCCUUUUUUUUUAAUGCUUCCGUUGUACUCAGCCAUUUCCCUUUAUUAAAUAAAAUCAUUUCGUUUAUCUUUUUGUUAAUGUCAAAAGGGGGAAGAAAAGGGCUAUGCAUAU